AAGAACAGUCAACUUCUAUCUCAACAACAUCUAGUACAGUUAAAGACCAAAAGCAGACAACCCACAGACAAAGAACCAAAACCACUAAAAUAAUAAAAACACAAACUACAGUUAAAGAUAUACAGACUAAAGACAAUAGGAAUUCAGCCAAAACCAGUAAAACAACAACAACAGUUAAGGACAUAACAUGGAGAAAGUUAACAACAAAAAGUAAAACUACAGUUACAGAUCAAGAUAUAACAGUGGAAGGCAUUACACAAGAGAUGACACCAACCAUAGCACCCAACAAGACCUUCUAUACAGGAACAUCAGGAUUUACAGGAUUAUGGAUUUGGGCUGGUGUGUUUACACUGUUUACAUCUUUGGCAUUUUUAAAAUUAUACCUACAUCUAAGAAAACAACAACCACAAUAUCUACCCUUGAACAGAAGUGAUAAUACAGAAACCACCUAUGCACCAUCUUAUUUAAACACAACUCCAUCCAGGCCAGUUAUUCCACAACAAAUUUUAACACCACCAUCAACAUCAACUCCAUUAAAACCUUCAUCUAGAUCAUCACCAUCAUUCCACUCAAUUGUAUCAUACCGAGAACCUUCACCAGGCAGCACUACCUCAUCAAUACCAUUAGUACCUAUUAUGUUUUUCCGAGACCCUUCACCAGAACCUUCAGCACCACCCUUGGAAGAUCUAGAAUCAUUAUCGUCAGAAUCAACACCUACCUCACCGAUUGCAGCCAGAACACGUAACAUGAUUAAAAGAAAAGCAAUGUUGUCUGAUAGCAGUCUCUGAAAAUAACAUGAUUUACACUAAUCUUUGUUUACAUACUCC